CACACCUCAUCUCCCACUAACCUCACAAUCCCUCGUCUCCAAUCCUCUCGCGAGAGAAAUCGCCGCCGGCGGCUAAGUACCAUCGUCCGUCGUGCGCGCGAGCGCGGCUGCCGAAGCUGGACCGCGGGCGCGGCGGGGCGGGGUCCGGAGCCGGGGCGAGGGCGAGGGCGACGACGGCGGUCAUGGGGUCCGGCACCUGGCGCAAGGCCUACGGCGCCCUCAAGGACUCCACCAAGGUUGGCCUCGCCAACUUCAACAUCGAGUACAAGGAUUUGGAUAUCGCCAUCGUGAAGACGACGAACCACGUGGAGUGCCCGCCCAAGGAGCGGCACUUUAGGAGGAUAGUGUUUGCGAACUCGGCAAAUCGCCCGCGGGCCGACGUCGCCUACUCCAUAUGUGCAUUGGCCAGGAUGUCCAAGACCAAGAGUUGGAUAGUGGGUUCCUUGUUUGUGUAUCUUGGUAGUAGUUCCUUGUCUGUUUAUCUAUGCCGAUUGAUAAUCCUUGAUUCAAUCAUCUCCACAAGGUACAACACAGAUGAAGGAUUGCUUGGCUGUUCGUGGCGGCCGUCGCCGGCUGGUUGAUCGUCCUCACAGCUGGUGUCCAUCGAGGUCGUUGACUCCUCUGUCCGCCUUUGUUGCUCCCGCUGGUCUGAUCGGCCUCACAACAUGUAUCAUAUUGCAGUUUAGAAACGUAACUACAUAAGGUACUCCAUGAACAUUGGUACACCUUUAUUUUUCUGCUAAAUUGUUCCGGAUCACAUAAUGCACACCAUGAGCACUCAUGCGAAGUUAUUGUGUGCCAGGUUCACCUAUUUCUUAUUGUUUCCAUACUGACAUGCAUGCCAGAGUCUCCAUCCACAAAGUUAUAGUUUUAUUGUGCAAUUAAAUGUGUUUGAUCGUGGAUGGCAUUUCUAUGUACUUCAUAAUGUUUAGUAUGUUUGAACGAACCCGAUCACAUUUAAUUUGUCUUAGCAUAUUGCUUUACUCAUAAGAUUAUCUCUCCUUGCUAAU